UUGACGGAACCGCCAUCUUGAAAAGUGCCCUCCGAUGAUCUACCUUUUCGCGCCUGUCAGAAUCAGUUUUAAACGCUUUAUUUUCCUUACCGGAAUUUCGUGUUAUUUCAGCCUUUGUUUUGUUAAGGCCUGGGGCUAAUGGCAAGAUAAGCCACAUGCUCGAGACUCGCCGUUUACCGUUGUCAUUCGGUGUGUGCUUUUGAACUGCUGUAUGUGUGCUGUUUGUCAGUCUGUCCAUCACCGCUGUCUGCCUGCCUGUCCAUCCGGCUAGCCUGGAAUGGGCCACAAGUCCCAAAGACUAGAACACACCUCUUUUUAACCUGAGAUCCACCGUCUGGACUCCAACAUACACAGAGAGCCAACAUGUUUUGGAAAUUUGACCUCCACACCACAUCCCACAUUGACACGCUGCUAGAGAAGGAGGAUGUGACGCUGACAGAGGUGAUGGAUGAGGAUGACGUCCUGCAGGAAUGCAAGGCUCAGAACCACAAGCUGGUUGACUUCCUGCUCAGACCACAGUGCAUGGAGGACCUGGUCACCUACAUCACACAGGAGCCCAGUACUGAUGUUGAGGAGAAGGUUAAAUACAAGUAUCCCAACAUAUCAUGUGAGCUGCUUACGUCAGAUGUGAGCCAGAUAAACGACCGACUGGGAGAAGAUGAAAAACUGCUGAUGAAACUUUAUGGCUUCCUCCAGAAUGAGCCACCUCUCAACCCGCUCCUGGCCAGCUUUUUCUCCAAGGUCCUGUCCAUUCUUAUAGGACGCAAGCCUGAACAGAUAGUGGAUUUUCUGCGGAAGCGGGAGGACUUUGUAGACUUGAUGAUCAAACACAUCGGGACAUCCGCCAUCAUGGACCUGCUGCUCAGAAUGCUCACUUGCAUUGAACCACAACAGCUACGACAGGAUGUUCUCAACUGGCUGAAUGAGGAGAAGGUGAUUCAGAGACUGGUGGACAUGGUACAGCCUUCUCAAGAUGAGGAUAGACAUUCUAAUGCCUCCCAGUCACUGUGUGAGAUCAUCAGACUGAGCAGAGAUCAGAUGUUCCAGGUCCAGGGAUGCUCAGAGCCUGACCCACUUCUGGCCACACUUGAAAAGCAGGAGACGGUGGAACAGCUGCUGUCUAAUAUCUUCGACAAGGAGAAGAAUGAAUCUGCAAUUGUCAGUGUUAUCCAGAUCCUCCUCACCUUGUUUGAGACAAGGAGACCAGCGUUUGAGGGCCAUAUGGAGUGUCCCCCAGGGAUGUCCCAUCCUUCAUUCUCUGUCAACCACAGCAUCCUGGAGGCUGUGAGACCCCGACUCAAAGACUUUCACCAGCUGCUACUGGAACCCCCAAAGAAGAAUGUGAUGAAGACAACGUGGGGGGUGCUGGACCCUCCAGUGGGCAACACCAGGCUCAAUGUGGUCAGACUGGUGGCCAGUCUGUUGCAGAGCAACACACACAGCAUCAACACAGAACUCAUUAACCUCAACACACUGGGAGUCAUACUAGACAUGUAUUUCAAAUACAUCUGGAACAACUUCCUCCACAUUCAGGUGGAGAUCUGCACAGCCAUGAUUCUGGCUAUGCCUCCCGCCCCCACAGACAUCCAGCCAGACACAGAGCAGGAACAUGCGAGGGAGAGCAUCCUCAUCAAACAUCUGUUUCAAAAGUGCCAGUUUAUACAGAGAAUCGUAGACGCCUGGAGCUCCAAUGAGAAAGAACAGGCGGAAGGUGGUAGGAGAAGAGGCUACAUGGGUCACCUCACCAGAAUAGCCAACUCUAUAGUUCAUAACUGUGACAAAGGCCCGAACGGACCGCAGAUACAACAGCUCAUCUCAGAGCUCCCAGCGGAGGACAGAGAGAAAUGGGAGGCCUUUAUUUCUGGGCAGCUGGCUGACACAAACAAGAGAAACACUGUCGACCUGGUAAACACACACCACAUCCAUUCUUCCAGUGAUGACGAGGUGGACUUUAAAGACAGUGGCUUUCACCAGGACUCCUCUCUACAACAAGCCUUUUCUGAUUAUCAGAUGCAACAAAUGACGUCCAAUUUUAUUGAGCAGUUCGGCUUCAAUGACGAAGAGUUUGCUGAUCAGGACGAUGUUGUGGAUAUUCCCUUUGAUAGAAUAUCAGACAUCAAUUUUUCACUGAAUACAAAUGAAAGUGCGAACAUAGCUUUGUUUGAGGCACGCUGUAAGGAGAAAAUCCAGCAGUUUGGAGAUGCUGGUUCAGAUGAGGAAGAUAUCUGGGAUGAAAAAGAUGUCACCUUCGCACCAGAGGCACAGAGACGCCCCAGGAGUUCAGGCAGCACAGACAGUGAAGAGAGCACAGACUCAGAAGAGGAGGAUGGGAAGAGAGAUCCAUUUGAAGCUUCCAACCCCAGCACCGAUGACAGAAUGGAAGUUGACACAGGGCCAGUUUGGACAGCCAACUUUGAUGACAUCCCCAUGGACACAGGUACAUCUACAGCUCCAGCCUCCAGCCCCAACAACCCUGCUGCCUCCUCUGCUUUGCCCUCCUCCUCCUCCUCCUCCUCUUCAUCAGAAGUCCUCCCCGAGGCAGCAUGGAGCGCCUCUCCUUCUGGCACCUCCAACUCCGAAACAGGCUGGGCCGAUUUCUCCAACUUCACCCCUGUUAGCCCUAAAGACCCACUGAGGUGCAACUCUCCUGUUGCUAUGGAAACCAGCAUAGAGACAAUUGACCCUCUGGGAGUCAAUGCACCCGCGCAGCCUGAAGACUGUGAUGGCUGGUUGGGAACGGGUGUGGCUUCUCCCUCCUCCACCUCACCUAAGGAUUGUGGGAGAUCUAAAGCGGAUGAGGAAACGGCAUGCUGUGAGCAGCGCAGCAUCACAGAGACAGUCAUCAAUGGCUCCAUGAAAGAAACGGUCAGCCUCACCGUUGACGCCAAGACUGAGACCGCCGUCUUCAAGAGUGAUGAAGAGAAGAGCGCUUCUUCAGAGAAAUACUCCGUAGUGGAUUGUGUGGAUUUGGAGAGAACAGGCGUCAGCAGCUCGGCCACAGCCUGCUGUCCCAAACCAGGCAGUGAGAAGUGUCGGUCCACUGUGGAGCUUCCCAAUGGUCCUCUAGAGGAAAUGCCAGCGAUAGAGGAGGCCAAACUGGACCAGAGUGCCCUGUCCUCAGAGCCAGCUGUGAACGGGCCGGCGUGAGGGUCAUCUAACGCCAGCCAAUGGCCAACCUGUUCUGCCACGCAGGGCCCUCCCCCUGGCUAGCCAGCGGAGGCCACUGCUCAGAGCUGUACCAAUCACACGCCCCCCCCCCCUGACCCCACCCACCCCACCCCACCAGGACCAGCAAUACUCCCAUCGGCUCAUCACUGACAGUCAGACAGGUGUACAGACACAGGAUGAACUGAAAAGCAAAAUGAGAGACAUACUCAAAAGGAUACAGAAUAGUUUUUUUCUGCAUUUGUUUAUAUACUAUUGUUCUUAUGAGGUGAUGUGCGACUGAUAUCUUGCCACUCAAAAUUAAAUAGUAAUGUUGCUAUAGUUAAAGAAAUGAUUGUAUGAAUAAAAUAUUUUAUAAAAAGAAAAAAUGUAUACAGACACAUAAGAUGAAUUACCACAGAAACAGGACUAGCUGAUUGGUGACCCAGCCAACCACUAAGCCGUUGUUCCGAGCUGGAUGUGCUAUCCUGCGUAGCAGUCUGACACUUGAUAACGACAGUUGCUGUGCUUCAAAUUCUCUCUCACCAUUGAUCUGUGUCUCUGAGCAAAGCUCCUCCAAAUUGAAACACAUUUUAAAAACCACACUUAAAGUUUUACUUUGCUGCAGAUAUUCUUUGUAAAUGUUUUUUCUCUUGUAUUCUUCUGCUUGAGUAAGAUUUGACAAGCUUCUUUGGUAUAAUUUUUUUUUUAUUUAUUAUGGAAGUAAAAUGAUGGUUAUGUUAUGUUACUGAAGAGCCAUACCAACACACUCUCUCCCCUUCUAGCGGGCUGCAUUUAUGCUAACUGGGUUGCUACCUCGCAGCUGGAGGGCUAAACAUGAGAGAUGCAGUUUGUCGUCACCACAGCCUAAACUGGGAGCUGUAAAUGCAUUCUGAGCUCGUGUUUUUAGCCCCAACUAAACCUCUUCAGAACCACAGCCCCUCUACUUUGGCCCUACACUCCUUUUUUUUUGGUUUUUGUUUUCUCAAGUGCUUUUUUUGACCAGGGAUUCUCAACUUGGCUUGUCUCUCUUUAUAAUACAUUCACAUUUAGCAGAUUCCAUCGCAGGUUGUGUCUAGACAGCGUGUAGAACUGGGAUUUUUUUAAGCAGCUACAGCCUUUUAGGAAACUUAGGGGAGUGAAUGUGCUGUGAAAGACAAACUACACACAGGAACAUGAAAUAAUUAAAAAAUAUAAUGUGAUUUAUUAGAGACAGCUAUUUGAAAACAGUUUGAAACUGUAGAUUUGGACAGUCUUGAGAUCACCUGCUGAGCCACAGGUGUGUAUUUUUUAGGCUGAGUUCAGACUGACAGCAGCACAGUGUAGAGAAAACACAGCAUCUAUUCACACACCUGUUUUCAAGGUGUCGCCAGUGCGGAGCAAAGAAGUUGAACGUGGCUCAGCGUUGGCUGCAGUGCACUCUGUUGGCCAAACUGAUCGACAUUGUCAGGUGGACGGUGAAAUUCUCCUGUUUACCUGCACACUGUUGAGAGGGAGGAUAAGAUGGCUGCCACCGUCAUAACUUUCCAGAGUUGUAUAAUCCUUCCUCAUAACUUGCUGUGCAGUGUUUUGGUCUGACAGGCCUUUAAAAGUAUGAAUCUGUUACUCAAACUUCCUGCAUUGUAUUUUAUUUCUCAUCAUCAACCAAAGCAACACACACUCUGAGCGAUGUUUAAUCCUGGAAGUCCAGUUUGAGUAAAGCAUCUUGGAGUGUGGAGAGUUUUUAGUGCUGUCGUCAGUCUGGACGCACCCUUGUUCCACCUUUCACUGUUUUUCUUUGAAUCACCACCUCUGCUUAAAAAAAUCCACCUUCACGAGGUGACCUUCACUUACUUUUUGAAAUUUGACUUCCAGUUUUCAGACUUGAACUUUUAAAACAAACAUCAAACCUGCCAUGGUUGUGUUCAGACCUACUGUAGUUGCCUCUGUGUAUAUAUAUAUAUAUAUGGCCUUUUAGCUUUGGUUUGGUCUCCACCAACUCCUCAGAAAAAGGUCUGUCUGGCUUUGGAGGUGCCAGAUGCUUAACUUUUUUUUUUUUUUUUCUUUAACAUUAUAAAUAAAUGACCAACCUUUGCUUUGGGCCAGUUGUUAGUCUGCUGAGUAAAGAUGCAAAGAUGAACAGCUGAUCUUUAAAUCUGUCCAGAUCUGUUGCAGCAUUACAGCUGAAUAUCUGCCCAGAUCAGGUUAACUGAGCCCGACAUACACCAGGCACCAGUGCAUCUACCUGCUGCCGGGAUGAACUGAUUUCUGUUUUGCCAGAAAUCAUACUCUUCUUUAGCCUUGGCUCUUUCCAUGGAACCCCUUCCUUUCCCCACACCAAACAUGGCAGUUUUUAUUUUUUCAUCUUGGCAACUUAUUAUUAUUCACUGUUUGGCAUUUGGUUCCAAAAGAAAAUGGUUUUUGUAACUUUAACAGUUUUCUGUACCAGCGUCAGAAAGGGAAUAAGCUAUUUACAGAUGAUAGUACAAGUUAACCCCCACUUUUCUGUCUGAUUAUUAAUUAAAUUU